UCUAAUGUUAAUUUCUAAUCAUAUUUGUGAAUUAUAUAAAAAUGUUGAAUACAAAAUUGCAUUUGAUUUGUUUAAUAUGGCUUCUAAUCAAUUUUAUGACAACAGAAACCAUGUCGACAUCAAGACCUAAAGUAUUUAUCAAAGAUCCCGAUCUACCUGAAGAAGGACUAGAAAUAUUAAAAUCACGAUGUGAAUUAAUUCGAGGCGCUAAAGAUAAUUCAAUGGAUGAUUUAGCAAAAAUGAUUCAGGAAGCAAAUGGUGUUGAUGCUAUAAUGUGGAGUGGCCAUGGUGUUCCGAACAAGGAAAUUUUGGACGCUGCAGGACCAAAUUUGAAAAUUUUUGCAUCAGUUUCCGCUGGUGUUGAUCAUUUAAAUAUUUCAGAAAUUAAGAGCCGAGGUGUUUUAAUUUCAAAUACACCAGGUGUUUUAAAUGCCGCUGUGGCUGAAUCGGCUGUUUUGUUAACUUUAGGAGCUGCACGUCGAAUUGAAGAAGGCAGACGAGCAAUUGUCAAUGGCGAAUGGAAAACAAAUUUCAACUGGUUAUUGGGUACCGAUUUAGUAGGUUCGACUGUUGGCAUUGUUGGUUUGGGUGGAAUUGGUAUGAAUGUCGCACGUCGAUUAAAAGCAUUUGAUGUAGGACGCAUUAUUUACAAUGGUCACAAACCCAAACCAGCCGGUGAUGAAAUUGGCGCUAUAUUUGUUCCAUCAUUAAACGAAUUGUUAAAAGAAAGCGAUUUUAUUAUUGUAGCUGUUCCAUUAACAAAAGAAACUGCAUUAAUGUUCAAUAAAACGACAUUCGCACAGAUGAAAAAAAAUGCUGUGUUCGUGAAUGUUGGCCGUGGAGGCCUUGUAAAUCAUGACGAUUUAGUCGAAGCAUUGAAAACAAAUACAAUAUUUGCUGCUGGUCUUGAUGUUAUGACUCCAGAACCGUUACCUGUUGAUCAUCCAUUACUAAAGUUACCAAAUUGUGUUUUGAUGCCACAUCUAGGAAGUGCAACAGUGAAGACCCGCAUCGGUAUGGCUAAUUUAGCAUCGAAAAAUGUUUUAGCUGCGCUAGAUAAUAAACCAUUAAUAACACCUGUUAAUUAAAGUAUUAAAUGUAUCUGAUUUUACAUUACAAAUAAAUUCACUAAAUUCAUAAA